UUAUAAUGUUCAGUUAUGUGCAGUUCUAUCUUUGCAGUGAGUGAGGGUGUGUUGAGGGUGGUGACGGAGGACGUAGUGCAGGCAUCACUGGUCUCUGACAAGGGUGCCGAGGCUACUUUGGUCUCCUGGACCACUGAGACUUUCACUGCUGCCUACGAUGGUGCCACUUCCGAUAUUGCCAACGUCAGGAUACAGUACACGCUGGCAGGGACAGCCGAAGAGGUGUCCUAUGUGGUGAAGGUGACGCCGAGCAGGGCACAAAAAAUAGAAUUUUACAGCAUCAUUUUUGCGAAAGAGUGCAACUUUUAUGCUGAGAUCAUCCCUGCCCUCAAUGCUGUACUCAAAGGCAUCGGGGAAAAGCCUCUGAGAUUUCCCAAAUGUGUUUACUCCAGCCUGGAGCCGGGGAAGGAGAUGAUCAUGCUAGAGAACUUGCAGGAACAGGGUUACAGCAUGCAAGAUAGAACAGUGGGAAUAGACGCUGCUCACAGCCUGCUGGUGCUGCAGGAACUAGCCAGGCUGCAUGCAGCUUCUCUGCUCCUGCAGGCCAUCACACCUCACCAACCCCUGGUACACAGGUUUCAGGCACUGCAGAAAGAAUGGACGAAAGAGUUUAACUUGGCCGGGGACUUCGGUACGUUCGUGGGGAAUUACCUGGACAUUGCAGUCGAGAUGUUUGAGAAGAUGGGCGGGUGUGAGGAGGUGGUGGCGUGGGUGAGGAAGAUCAAGCCUGAGGCCUGGACCCUGUACAAGCAGCAACUGGUCGCUACUCCACCAUUUGCAGUUAUUACGCACGGCGACUGCUGGAUAAAUAACUUACUUUUCAGGUACGACGAAGACAAGAGGCCAGUAGAGGUGAAAAUGCUGGAUCUACAGGGCUGUCGUGUGGCCUCGCUAGCAACAGACCUCCUUCACUUCCUCAAUAUGAACCUCACAGGACCUGUCCGUCGACCCAACCUCAACACCUUCCUGGCCUCCUACCAUGCCACCCUCGCCAGCGUCAUGCAGAAGGGCGGCUCUGUCGUGCCUUUCACCCUGGAGCAGCUGCAGCAAGAGUAUGUUGACAGGGGAUACUACGGAGUCCUCUAUUGCCUCAUGUGGCUGCCAAACAUGGUUCGCCGGCCCGAGGACAUGAUGGAUAUCCUGGACCGCACAGAAGGUGGUAGGAACGCGGAGAGAGACAAUGUAUUAGUAAUGGUAGACAAAAACUCUUUGCUUAAGCCCCGUAUCAUCUCAGUCGUGGAGGAAUGGAUGGAAAGAGGUGUUAUCUCUUAGUAGCCUUUUCUCUAAAAAAAUAAAUGUGGAGCUUUUGUAACCUUGUUUAAUCAACCUCUAAAAAGUGGUGGAUAUCAUUGUAAAUAAUUUCCAGGACAGACCGCCUAGUCUCAUUUCCCUGUUGUGGAUCAAUACCUACAAGAUGAAAUUAAGACACAUGUGCAACAUCUGGGUAUCUUUAUUGUAGACGUUUCACCAUCCAGUGGCUUUACCAAUACAAAUUCCAGGAUAUAACUUGAAGACAGUAGAACUAUAUACAGAAGAUGAGGUAAUCAGUCCCUCAACCUUUGAAUAGGUGCGAAGAGCACUACAGUGCUCUUCGCACACGUCCCAUUUCCACCUGACGUCAGGCGCCUUGCUUCUGCUUCAGAAUCACCACGACUACGGUGCUCUUCGCACCUGUUCAAAGGUUGAGGGACUGAUUACCUCAUCUUCUGUACAUAGUUCUACUGUCUUCACGUUAUGUCCUGGAAUUUGUAUUGAUAAAGCCACUGGAUGGCGAAACGUCUACAAUAAAGAUACCCAGAUGUUGCACAUGUGUCUUAAUUUCAUAGUUGUAAAUUGUUCCAGCACUAGUGUGGGUCUUAUUCUUUUCGCGACUUGCAAAUAGGCAGUAUAAUUUAAAAAUGUUAAUGUCUUCCACCUAGAUAUAUCAAAGAUAGAAAACAGUUCUGCACGAGGUCUUAAGUUUACCAUUAAAACUUUAUUUUCUUGAUCGUUUUCUUUACAAGAAUUCUGUGCCCUUUGUCUUUCUGAUCAUUGUUAAUUAAUAUAUCAAAUAAUACACAAAUAAAUUUGUAAAUUAUUA